AUGGUGAGUAACCAGUUCCACAACCCCUUUCCGGGUAUGAACCCAUACUUGGAAUCGGUUCCUUGGUGGAGGGAAAUACACAACACUCUCAUCAGCGAAAUCCGCUUCUUCCUGCGGGAGACACUGCCAGUCAGGUAUUUGGUAACCAUGGAGGAGCGAGCGACCAUAGUGCACAACCCGCCGGAAGAUCCGCCGCGGAGAUACGCCGUAAUACCGGAUAUCACCGUUUCUGGUGCAAGGGACCUGGCCCGCGACAAUGCCGGAAGACUCGACGGUGAGGCGGUGACGGUCGUGUUGCCGGAUGUUUACCCCGCAUACGAACGUUUUAUUCAAAUCAACGCGGAAAACCGCCAGGAAGCGGUAACCAUCAUUGAGGUGCUCUCACCAACCAACAAACACCCGGGCCGGGGACGGAACAAUUAUUUGCAGAAAAGGCACCAAAUCCUCAACAGCUCCACUACCCAUCUGGUAGAGAUAGACCUCCUGCGAGAUGGAAUCCCCAUGCCGGUAGUCGGCUUUGACGCGGACGAUCCUUAUCGGCUCAUGGUAAGUCGGAACGAAUUGCGUCCAUCAGCUGACUUGUACCCAUUCACUUUACAGUCUAGUGUACCGGAGAUCCGGAUUCCGCUCCUGAAUCCGGACGAAGAGUCUGUUCUCAAUUUAGGGGUCAUCAUGGGCGACAUCUAUCUGCGAGGCUAUUUGGGAAGAGGCUUGGAUUACCGGAUAGAUCCCUCAGGCCCAUUGUCGCAAAAUGACCGAGUGUGGCUAGACGUACUGUUACGAGAGCAGGGCCUCCGCUCAUGA